UGGGAUUUCGCUGCGAGAGCGCGCUGGGGGGGCCGGGGCCGAGCUCCAGCUUGAGCUUGAGCUCUCGCCUCGCCGGCCGGCCCCUGCUGGGGUUCGGCUCCCCCGUCCCCCGCGCCUCCCCGGCCCCGGCCCGGGCUGGGGCUCGCGCGCUCGGCGCCGGCUCGCCCUCGGAACCGCGACCGCUCCCUGCCAUGUAUCCGCAAGGCAGACAUCCGGCUCCCCAUCAACCUGGGCAGCCGGGAUUUAAAUUCACGGUGGCUGAGUCUUGUGACAGGAUCAAAGACGAAUUCCAGUUCCUGCAAGCGCAGUAUCACAGCCUCAAAGUGGAGUACGACAAGCUGGCCAACGAGAAGACGGAGAUGCAGCGCCAUUAUGUGAUGUAUUACGAAAUGUCUUAUGGCUUGAACAUUGAAAUGCACAAGCAGACAGAGAUCGCGAAGAGGCUGAACACGAUUCUAGCACAGAUCAUGCCUUUUCUGUCGCAAGAGCACCAGCAGCAGGUGGCGCAGGCUGUGGAACGUGCCAAGCAGGUCACCAUGACAGAGCUGAACGCCAUCAUCGGGGUACGUGGACUCCCCAAUCUGCCUCUUACCCAGCAGCAGCUCCAGGCCCAGCACCUCUCCCACGCCACGCACGGUCCCCCGGUCCAGUUGCCACCCCACCCAUCAGGCCUGCAGCCCCCAGGGAUUCCCCCGGUGACCGGCAGUAGCUCUGGGCUGCUGGCGCUUGGGGCCCUGGGCAGUCAGGCCCAUCUGACGGUGAAGGAUGAGAAGAACCACCAUGAGCUCGACCAUCGAGAGAGAGAAUCCAGUACGAAUAAUUCCGUGUCCCCCUCGGAAAGCCUUCGGGCUAGUGAGAAGCACCGGGGCUCCGCUGACUACAGCAUGGAAGCCAAGAAGCGGAAAGCGGAGGAGAAGGACAGCCUGAGCCGAUAUGACAGUGAUGGGGACAAGAGCGAUGACCUGGUGGUGGAUGUUUCCAACGAGGAUCCUGCCACCCCCCGGGUCAGCCCUGCACACUCUCCCCCUGAAAACGGGCUCGACAAGGCCCGGGGCCUGAAAAAGGAUGCUCCCACCAGCCCCGCCUCCGUUGCUUCAUCCAGCAGCACUCCUUCCUCCAAGACCAAAGACCUGGGCCAUAACGACAAGUCCUCCACCCCUGGGCUCAAGUCCAACACGCCAACCCCAAGGAACGAUGCCCCGACUCCAGGCACCAGCACAACCCCAGGGCUCCGGUCAAUGCCGGGUAAACCUGCAGGCAUGGACCCGAUAGGUCUCCUUGCAGCCUCUGCCCUGCGCACCCCCAUCUCCAUCACCAGCUCCUAUGCGGCUCCCUUCGCCAUGAUGAGCCACCACGAGAUGAAUGGUUCCCUCACCAGCCCAAGCGCCUACGCAGGGUUACACAACAUCCCGCCCCAGAUGAGCGCAGCCGCCGCUGCCGCAGCAGCUGCUUAUGGCCGGUCGCCAAUGGCAAGCUUUGGAGCUGUUGGCUUCGACCCUCAUCCCCCCAUGCGGGCCACGGGCCUGCCCUCCAGCCUCGCUUCCAUUCCUGGCGGGAAGCCAGCCUACUCCUUCCAUGUGAGUGCUGAUGGGCAAAUGCAGCCUGUGCCCUUUCCCCACGACGCCCUGGCUGGCCCCGGCAUCCCCAGACACGCCCGACAGAUCAACACGCUGAGCCAUGGUGAGGUGGUGUGCGCCGUAACCAUCAGCAACCCCACGAGGCACGUCUACACGGGCGGGAAAGGCUGCGUGAAGAUCUGGGACAUCAGCCAGCCGGGUAGCAAGAGCCCCAUCUCCCAGCUGGACUGCCUGAACAGAGACAACUACAUCCGUUCCUGCAAGCUGCUGCCCGACGGGCGGACGCUGAUUGUGGGCGGCGAGGCCAGCACGCUCACCAUCUGGGACCUGGCCUCGCCCACACCCCGCAUCAAGGCUGAACUCACCUCCUCUGCGCCUGCCUGCUAUGCCUUGGCCAUCAGCCCCGACGCCAAAGUCUGCUUCUCCUGCUGCAGCGAUGGCAACAUUGCCGUGUGGGACCUGCACAACCAGACUCUGGUCAGGCAGUUUCAGGGCCACACGGAUGGUGCCAGCUGCAUAGACAUUUCCCACGAUGGUACCAAGCUGUGGACAGGUGGCCUGGACAACACCGUGCGUUCCUGGGACCUGCGGGAAGGCCGGCAGCUGCAGCAGCAUGACUUCACCUCACAGAUCUUCUCUCUGGGCUACUGCCCCACGGGGGAGUGGCUGGCCGUAGGGAUGGAGAGCAGCAACGUGGAGGUGCUGCACCAUACCAAGCCGGACAAGUACCAGCUGCACCUACAUGAAAGCUGUGUGCUCUCCCUCAAGUUUGCCUACUGCGGCAAGUGGUUUGUGAGCACGGGAAAGGACAACCUACUCAAUGCCUGGAGGACGCCCUACGGAGCCAGCAUAUUCCAGUCGAAGGAAUCCUCUUCCGUCUUGAGCUGUGACAUUUCGGCGGAUGACAAAUAUAUUGUAACAGGCUCUGGUGACAAGAAGGCCACGGUUUAUGAGGUCAUCUACUAAACCAGGACUCUACAGAGCUGUCAGACUGUGGGAGAAACAGACUUGCUCUGACAGGCAGACCCAGCCAGGGCUCCCUGAAGACUGCGGGGGAUGGGCUGCACUCUGUGGGCUGAGCCAGAGGCUCCAUCUGGUCCAUUCCAGCCUGGACUCCUCAUGGACUGCAUGGGUCACUGCUCCACAGCACCGUCCUGGCAGGAGCCCCCAUAGAUCUUUUUUGGUGCCUCAUGGCGCUAGCCCCCAUCCCACCCCCCUCACCCAUCCCUCUUUUUUCUUCCCCUCUGACCUGUCCCUCUGGCUGGGGUUGGGGACUCCAGAGAGGACCCCAAUUCUGUGCUGGGAAAGAGGGUUCCCGUGGGCCCUUCGGGGCAGCACGCCUGGUCUGUGAAACAUGUACAUAACAAACUCCUAUGGACUGGUCGGCGGGGAGGACCCUCGCACCAGAAUCGCUCGCUGUGUAUUUCGCCUGCUGUAUUUGUGACCCACGCGUGGGGUGGCUUUCGUGUUUUCUUUCUAACGAGUUCCCAUCUGGGAGAGGGGCAGAACAAAGGAGAAGGGAUGCCGAGGAGACAGCUGCAAUGCAGCACCGGGAACAUGGAGCCAAUAGAUGGUGGAUGUAGCCGGACGGUGCUUCUGCUGGGCGUGUCCACACCACCCAUCGCCCGGCCAUGCCCUGCUCUCAGGUGCCUGCCCCCUUCCACUCCCCCUGCCUCUCUGGUGCACAGUCACUCCUCCCGAUGAGACAUACAAGUUCAAGGGAACACCCUGUCCGCCCUUUCCCAUCAGGAACAUGACUUAAAAAGGACAAAGUUAGAAGCAAGCAUAGCAGCUCAGCUCAGGGAGCUUCCAGAGACAAAUAGUAACUGAUAUGAUUUUUAUUUUUUUUUUAAUUGGAAUAAAAAGAAUUAGAA